AUUUUAAAUAAAAAACGCGGUUGGGUUGGGUUAGAUCGCUCUGCAUGUUGCACCUGAUUCGUUCAACUGCAAGUUCACUUGAGAUGUGUACGUACCAAUCAGCUCGUCCGCAAUAUUACCGAAAAUGAAUGUAACCUAUAAAUUAUGAGAAUGAGCGAAAGGUAAGUUUCUGAAGAAGUCAGAUUAAAUUAAACUAAUGCAAAGAAACGACGACGAACUAAUGCGAAGGAGAUGAUCGCGAAAAGAAAAAUAACCACUUGCUGCCUAAAAUAAAUAGCGUGUCUUCGAGUGUUGUCGUACGUAUUCGAGUGCAAUCAGACGCAGUUCGUAAUUGGGGUAAUGAAGUGUCGAGAUAAGCGUUAAGCUUUGGACGUGAUCGACAGCACUCUCAAGCAGUAAACGCGCGACUUAUCAGUCGUAAUGAACGUUCGUCAUAAAUGGGAGGCGUGCGAGUGGAGUGAUUAAGAUGCACAUGUGGUAUUGGUUUGGCGUAGAUUUGGGUAGUUUCCUAUUUCAGGGAUACAACAUCAGCACGUUAUGGGGCUUCCUGGCGACGUGCUUGGGCUUGACAGCCCUUGCUGUACUGUACGAAGCUAUGAAGAUCUCUCAGAUCCAUUUGCAACAGAUUGUGAUAAAGCCUGUACCUAGAACGGCCUCAACGUCCUCUGAGAAUUUGUCCCUCUUAUCUAAAGUAACGCCAAAGAACUUCAGGAGUUACACAGGAUGUGGAAACAGUUCAAAACGGACAUUGCAAGUGUUACAUUGGUCUCUUCAUACUAUACUCGGUUAUAUUUUAAUGAUGGCCGUUAUGACGUAUAAUGCGUAUAUCACCAUCGCCCUGGCAAUCGGAGGAGGCUUAGGAUACUGGAUAUUUGGUCCUACGCUCGUACAAUUAAAUAUGCAACAAUUUCAACGUAAACAAGCAAUUGUAGAAUGUGAUAAGAAUUGUGAAGAUAUCUUCGCGAAUCAACAAAGACGUGAAUCCACCGUUUCUAUUGUCGCGGAGCAAUUAGUUACGGAGGCAAAUAUAGAAGUUCACAUACCGAGGGACACGUGAGUUCUGAUAUCAAACAGCAAUAAAGUCUGAUAUUAUCUAAGAUAGGAUUAUUGUUGUGAUAUACAGUAUAUUACACAUUUAUAUGUAUACACAGGAUAUUUUUGUAUUGAUGCUUUAUUGUAAACUGCAAACUAAAAUGUGCAAUAUAAAGAUAAUGAUUAUGAUCGUUA